AUGAAUGCAUCAUCAAUCGUUGCUCUCGAUAUAAUUCCUGAUCCUGAAAACAAUCAGGUAUUUAUUUUUCAACAACAAUCGGCUGAAAAUGAUAUCAGUGAUGUAGCUGAUGUACAAGUGGUCGAUAUCGAUGAAGAUGAAUUAGAGAUCGAAUUAGGUCUUGAUUUCAAUGAUUAUUAUGAUGCCGAUGAUGAUGAAGAAGAAGAAGACUAUGAAGAAGACUAUGAAGAUGAAGAUGAAAUCGUUCAACAACUCCAAACACUUGAUAUAAAUCAAUGCCCUGCUGCUUAA